ACAGAUAAACAGGAUUAUACAUUCAUAGGCCACCAUGAGUACCAGAGAGUCCAUUAGCAGUAGAAAGUCAUUGGUGGUAGGAGUUAGAUCGACCCAGGAGCAAGCUGCUAUCGCGCGGUACUCCCGUUGGACCGCCUCGGUCACUAUCGAUGAAAACUUUACGAGUGGUUUUCCGGAUAUGAGUCGUCGUCAUGAGAAGGACAAGCAACACAUUGUGCCAGGGUACCAGGACUUGCCUGAAGUAAAAUAUGAUCCGAAAUUUACACCACCUUACUGCGAUGAUUUGGAAGUUUUCAUCGAUCCGAAUUUUGCAACAUUUCGUGUACCACUGUAUGUCCGCUGUCUGGAGCGCUAUGGACAGGCCAAGCGACGCUAUAACAGGCAACUCAAUCGAGAGGUCAAAAAACUGAUCGAGAAUCAGCCAACAGCAGAUUGUGCCUGGCAAUUCGUGAGAACCAUGAGCUAUACCACUCUCUGGCCUCCGCUGCAUACCAGGGAGGAGUUGAAGCUGUUUGAAAAGGGCUUCUGCAAGCUGUCGCCUGCGGAGAAGCGUCACUAUGAUAAGAUAAUGAAUACCAAUUUUACUUAAAUGCGAAGUCUGAAGAUACCACACAAAAAUAAAAUACUAAAUUAAACGCA